GCGGGGCUGGCGGGCGGGCGGGCAGCCGGGAGCGGCGGCGGCGGCGGCGCCUGACAGACAAUGAGGGCGGCGGGGCGGCGCUGAGCGGCGGCGGCGGCGAGCGACGCGGGGCCCGGGGGCGGGGCGGGGCGCCAGCCAUGGACAAUCAGUGCACUGUCCAGGUCAAGUUAGAGCUGGGACACCGCGCCCAACUGCGCAAGAAGCCCACCACAGAGGGGUUCACCCACGAUUGGAUGGUGUUUGUCCGUGGCCCUGAGCAAUGUGAAAUCCAGCACUUCGUGGAGAAAGUGGUCUUCCGGCUGCACGACAGCUUCCCCAAGCCCAAGCGUGUGUGCAAGGAGCCCCCUUACAAAGUGGAGGAGUCGGGUUACGCUGGCUUCAUCAUGCCCAUCGAGGUGUACUUCAAAAACAAGGAGGAGCCCAGGAAGGUAUGCUUCACCUAUGACCUGUUCCUGAACCUGGAGGGCAACCCGCCUGUGAACCACCUGCGCUGUGAGAAGCUCACCUUCAACAACCCCACCAUUGAGUUCCGGUACAAGCUCCUGAUGGCUGGCGGGGUGAUGGUAAUGCCCGAAGGAGCAGAAACGGUGUCCAGGCCCAGCCCCGACUACCCCAUGUUACCCACAAUUCCACUCUCUGCCUUCUCUGACCCCAAGAAGACCAAACCGUCCCACGGCUCCAAGGACGCCAGCAGGGAGAGCAGCAAGGCCUGCAAGACCCACAAGACGGCCAAGGAGCACCGGGAGCGGCCGCGUAAGGACUCCGAGGGCAAGGCCCCGUCCAAGGAGCCGGAGCGUGAGCCGGCCAGGAGUGCCAAGGACGCCACACGGAAGCUGGGCGAAGGCCGGCCGCCCAAGGAAGAGAAGGCCCCGCCGGCCAAGGCCGCAUUCAAGGAGCCCAAGAUGGCCCUGAAGGAGACCAAACUGGAGAGCAUGUCCCCCAAGGGCGGGCCCCCGCCCCCGCCCCCACCCAAGUCUUCCAGCAAGCGGCCGGCUGCCGCCGACUCCCCCAAGCCCAGCGCCAAAAAGCAGAAGAAGAGCAGCUCUAAGGGGUCCAGGAGUGCCCCCAGCACCUCGCCCCGCACCUCGUCUUCCUCCUUCUCGGACAAAAAGCCAGCCAAGGACAAGGGCAGCGCCAAAGGGGAGAAGGUCAAGACCGAGAGCGAGCCCAGGGAGAUCAAAAAGCCCCCGGAGGUGGAGGAGUCCAACUCGGAGGACGAGGCCUCCUUCAAGACAGAGUCUGCCCAGUCAAGCCCAUCCAACUCCAGCUCCAGCUCUGACUCCAGUUCAGAUUCGGACUUCGAGCCUUCGCAGAACCACAGUCAAGGACCCCUGCGCUCCAUGGUGGAGGACCUGCAGUCUGAGGAGUCCGAUGAGGACGACUCUUCAUCAGGCGAGGAGGCCUCUGGCAAGACGAAUGCUGGGAGGGAUUCCAGGUUGAGCUUCAGUGACAGUGAGAGUGACAACAGCGCCGACUCCUGCCUGCCCAGCCGGGAGCCCCCUCCCUCCAAGAAACCACCCCCGCCCAACAGCAAGGCCUCAGGCCGGAGGAGCCCGGAGCCCUGCAGCAAGCCCGAGAAGAUCCUCAAGAGGGGCACCUACGACAAGGCCUACACGGAUGAGCUGGUAGAGCUGCACCGGAGGCUGAUGGCCCUGCGGGAGCGCAACGUGCUGCAACAGAUCGUCAACCUGAUCGAGGAGACCGGCCAUUUCAACGUCACCAACACCACCUUCGACUUCGAUCUCUUCUCCCUGGACGAGACCACCGUGCGUAAGCUGCAGAGCUACCUGGAGGCCGUGGCCACAUGACCCUGGGCCGGGUGCUGGGCCCACUUCGCUGGGGCCCCAGGAGGCCACAUCCGGGCCCCGCCUUCCUCCUUCUCUCUCGACUCACCUGCCCGCAGCACUGCCUUAGUGACCGCCCUGUCCUCGGCCCGCACGGCCAGCUGCACUUUCCUCGCCGGCUCCCGGCCCGCCCUCCCCACCACCUUAGCGGGAGCCCUGAGGCUGAGGGGCGGGGGGGCAGGCCAGCGCCACUGCUCCCCACUACUCAGGGGCCGUCCCCUGGGCCCCCCUUGGAAAGCAGCUGGUGUUGAAGGCAGCACCAGGCCUCACUUCAGAAGGGGAGGAAAGGUGGCCAGCAGCGGGGGCCUGGUUUCACUGCCCGGGCCUCUCUGAGCAGCCAGGGCACUGCCUCCGGCCUUCCCAAACGGUUCACAGCCCGCCCCCUCCCCCCCGCCCCCCACCGUGCCCCAGGACCGCAGAGGGCCACAGCCCCUCCGCGGGCUCUCACUGUGCUGGGCCUCCGUCUGUAUAGUUCUCUCUAGUGUACGUGUGUAUG